CUCUUCCCCUUUCCCUCUUUCUUCUUCCCCUCAAAUCGAAAUUAUUUGUCCCGGGGAGCUUUCCCUCCUCACUUGUUCACUAUAAAUUCCAUCCAUUCUCAUACAUACGAUCCAUAGUCGGUUAUUUGCUGCAUCUGUCUCUUAAUACGCUAAGCAUACAAGGGCAUCAAUGGCUUACAAGGAAAAUCAGGAAUGCCCGCGGUGCAGAGCGUCUUUUAAGCGACCGGCUGAAUCUGAAAAAGGGGAUCGGAUGUUGAAGAAGAGGACAGUGCUAGGGGAGCUAACCAACAACGCAUUUGAUGUAUCCAAUUUCUCGCAGAGCUCGAUUGUGGGUAAAAGCCGGAAGUUGGAAACAGAACAAUCUUGGAUAAGCGCAGAAAGUGAGAAUAGCUUGGAUUUGGUGGAGGAGACUCCAAUUUUCCAAUAUCCUCCUUCGAUUUACCUACAUUUGCGCUCCUUGGAGGUUGAAGCUACAUUGAGGCCUUCGUCUAAUUACAUGGAGACGGUGCAGACUGAUAUUAAUCCAUUUAUGCGAUCUGUUUUGAUUGAUUGGUUGGUGGAGGUUGCUCAAGAAUAUAAACUUGUUUCCGAUACAUUGUACCUCACUGUAAACUAUAUCGACCGAUAUCUUUCUACCCAUAGCUUGAUGAGGACCAAGCUUCAACUUCUUGGCAUAACAUGCAUGCUAAUUGCAUCUAAACAUGAAGAAAUCACCCCUCCUCACAUCGAAAAUUUUGUCUACAUAACAGACAAUUCAUUCACAAUCGAAGAGGUGAUGGAAAUGGAGAAAGAUGUCCUCAAGUUUAUAAAUUUUGAGAUCGGCCUUCCAACUACAAAAACCUUCCUAAGGAUAAUGUCGGAGGCAGUGCAGGAAGAACCUGAGUUUUCGGAUCCUGAAUUCGAUCGUCUAUGUAGUUAUCUUGGAGAGCUAAGCUUAACAGACUACAGCUGCAUUUGCAACACUCCAUCAAUUGUCGCUGCUUCGGCCAUUUUUCUUGCGAAAUUGAUUAUCCAACCUACAUGCCAUCCAUGGAACCUGGCGCUGCAACAACUAACAGGGUAUAAACCAAAUGAGUUGAAAGAGUGUGUUCUUAGACUUCACAACCGGAAACUAACAAGUGAAAAAUACGCCCCGGCUAUUCGACAGAAAUAUAUGGAUCCUCAGUUUGAGUGUGUUGCCUCUUUGGAUCUACCCGCGGAAAUUCCUGCUCGCUUUUUCGGCAUCUCGAAUGAAUGAACUUGUGCAGCUCCCUCUUCAAGCAAUCAUCAAAGAUAUCCUAUUGGAACACCAUUGUUGGAAGAAGUAGCAGCAACAAUUUUCACCUUUUGUAAGAGCAAUGUGUAGUACUAAAAAUAGGCUGUAGACUGUCGAAGCUAUAUUCAAGGAAACCAUUUGUAACAAAAUCUGCAGAGCUUCUAUUCUUAGUAUCACAUCAAUUUUGUUACAAACAUUUGUAUUCCUAUCAAUAAUUGGGAAAAUUACAUCCCUAAGUUUGCAUAUUGAUGUUUAUUUGAAAUGAGGCAGAUUAU